AAAAAAGAACCACGCACGGACGUACGUACGCACGAGGGUCUGCAGAAUCAGUGCAGCUCCUCCUCGAGGGGGUCGCGGUGACUGAGAGCCCCCCCCCCCCACUCCCUCCCUCCUCUCGUCUCUCUCUCUCUCUCUCUCCACCCCCCCGGCUCCUCUUGAGCCCGCCCCGGCACCGAUUGUUGACAAAAGACGCCGCGAGAAGGAGCCCGGAGCCCGGUACUGGUGAGCAGACCGUUAACCUCGUUCCCUACCGGACACUUGGAAGAAGACCGGGACGACGGGUGUUGGGGCUGUAGCGGGGGGUCGGGGACACGAGGACUCUUCCGUCUCUUGAAAAACCGUGUGGCCGAGGUGAUUCGGUUGUCGGUGGCAGUCGGACCGCAGCAGGCCGGUGUGGAGUGGACCCCCCCCUUUCCUCCACACACACACACAUACACUCACCCCCCCCCCCCCCCCCCUCCCCUCCUCGCUAUUGGUAUUUACCGACUAAAAACCAACAGCCAGGAUGGGUCACUCGCUGUGAGUUUGCCGGGUCGGACCAGCGUUACAGGAGGAGGUGGCCGCCUCCGGCAGGUCUGUUCGGCCGGGCAUGGUGUGAGCUGAGACGGCCAGGCAGUCUGGAUCUGACCGGGGACCCGUCAUUCCCCCGGAGCCUCCGCGGCUCCAAGCCGCGUCCCGAGCCUUCCAAGAUGGGGAAGUGCGACGGAAGAUGCACGCUGCUGGUGAUAUGUUCACUGCAGUUGGUGGCCGCCCUUCAGAGGCAGGUGUUUGAUUUUCUGGGCUACCAAUGGGCUCCCAUCCUGGCCAACUUCCUGCACAUUAUGGCCGUCAUCCUCGGCAUGUUUGGCACCGUGCAGUUUCGAUUCAGAUACCUUAUCUUUUAUGCAGUAUGGCUGGUCCUUUGGGUGGGUUGGAACUCAUUCAUCAUCUGCUUCUACCUGGAAGUUGGAAACCUGUCUCAGGACAGAGACUUUCUUAUGACGUUCAACACGUCCCUUCAUCGUUCGUGGUGGAUGGAGCAUGGUCCUGGUUGCCUGGUAACGGCAGUGCUCGACUCUCGCAUGGCCCCUGACGACCACCAUGUCAUCACUGUCUCUGGGUGUCUCCUUGACUACCAGUACAUAGAGGUGUUAAGUUCGGCCAUUCAGGUCCUGUUGGCUCUUUUUGGCUUUGUAUACGCCUGCUACGUGAGUAAAGUCUUCCAGGAUGACGAGGACAGCUUUGAUUUCAUCGGUGGCUUUGACUCGUAUGGUUACCAGCCUCCUCAGAAGUCCUCCCAUCUGCAACUCCAGCCUCUUUACACGGCUGGUUAACUGUCUGCAGUGCCAUCUUCAGGACUAACCCUGACGGUGCCACGGCGGAGGGAAAGCGGCGUGUGACUCGAUCCCUCUCACCCUGCGUGUCACAGUUUACCGGAGAAAUGGACUUACCCCGCCCAGAGGGAGGGACCUGUGUGCGUGUGUGCAUGUGUGCUUGUGUCUGAGAAAGAGAAAAUUAAGCCCUGAAUAGAAUGUACAGAGCUCAGGGAAGAACCAGCAUGUCGGGUGGUGUGGUACGAAGGAGGAGGAGGAGGAGGAGGAGGGGAGAUGCAGAGAACCAGAUCUGGGGACACCUCUGUCGAUUCACAGAAGACACAUCUUCACUAAACUGCCAGCUCUCAACACUUAUACAAGUGUGUGUGUGUGCGGGUGCGGGUGCGGGUGCGUGUGUGUGUGUGUGUGUGUGUGUGCACGUCUGUGUGUCUGCAAUACCACAAUUAUGUGUCGGCCCCCCUGGACUCUUACCACUCACUGUCCCUCUGGAUAAUUCUUUUUGGGUGUGUGUGUGUGUGUGUAUUUGUCUGUUUGUUUUCGGUGUGUGUGUGUGUGUGUGUGUGGGGGGGGGCUGACAUAAUAAAUGGAGGCACGGUUCGUACCUGUUGUCGUUUUAGAAUGUGGUGAUGUUGAAUUAGAGCAGUCUUACGAUUCCAAUUCCCAGAGCCAUCUGUCCUUCCUCCCAUGAGGUUAAAACCACUGUUUCAAAUCAAGCUUUUUACAUUAUUUUAUUGUUCACCAACCAACAAUGCGUUUAUGCGUUGCUAAAAACUUCACUGAUCCAUAUUUACAAGCUUGUAUGUCUCAAGCCUGAACCAAUUCAUAAGCCCAAAGCGAAAAUAAUUCAUAAACCUGUCACAGAAAUGUAUUUCAGAGAAAUGCGGGGGGGGAAAUUGGGCACUGUAAAUUUGAGCAAAAGUCACUAAAACAGCAGCAACUGGUGCUUUUGUUGAGGAUUAUAUCCAUAAGCUCUGCUAGUGCUUAAAGUCGUUGGUGCUUUGAGCAGCAGGAACGUGAAUGCAGGAUCAUCUCAAAAUAAACUCCAGGGCCUCAUUGGCGUGAAGGAACACGUCAACCAACAACAAAGUGGCUCAUAGAUGAGUUUUUUUUUAUUUUGGACAGUUUCAGUGUGUCAGGCUAUGGCUUCACAAACACUAAUUGUUAGUAGGAUUAUCGCAUUUGUUUCACGUGAUUUGUUGAAAAUAAUAAAAAUGUAGAAUACUACCAGACACACUUAGUGUUCUUCACUUAGUAAUCUUCAAAAAAUCAAGUCUAAUGUGCUUUGCAGGAUAUUUUGUUUUCAGGAAAUAAAAUGAAUCCUACCAGUCAUGUAUUGCUGUUCACUAGGGAUGAUGGCUUUGGGAUCAGGUGUUAGUGUGUCUAUGGGGGGGGGGGGAUACUGUGCAUGUAAAUAACCAGCCAAUGAUUGUUUUGUUGGUUCCACGUAGAAAAGAGGGGUUGCAUUAGGAGGGUGGGGGUUGUACACAUAAAAUGUUUUCUUCUUUCCUGUUUCUCUUUCUUCUCUCUUCCGAACCCAUCUGCAGCUAACUCUCCACGUCAUCUUUCUCAAAAACUGCAUUCACCUUAGCAGCUCAUGUUGAUCAAGGAGACCUGAGAGGAACUUAAUGUCAUGAACAGUAGUUUUUGUCAAUGUAAUUGGAGGUAUGGAGAGGGAGAAGGGAGUCAGGUAUGAGGUGAAUACCUUACUGGAUGUAAGGAAAAGUUUGAAAUAAAAACAUACACUUUCUACGUUAA